ACUUAAUACUCAAUGUAGUGCGCGGAUGUAGGGCGGAUGGAGGUUGUUUGGGAUUCGGCCUCAGUGUGAAUCACUUGCUUGGAAGCGCCUGGUGGUUACAAUCAAAUUCUUCAGGGUUUUGCCAUGGCUUCCCGGGCCGGACCGAGAGUCGAGGGUACAGACGGAAGUGACUUUCAACACCGGGAACGUGUGGCUUCACACUAUCAAAUUAGUGCGGCGCUGAAAUCAGAAGUCCGGAAGCUGAACUUUGCUCACGUCGCGCUGUGGGCGUUAGUUUUGGCACAGGUGGUGGUGAGCCAGCUGAAUUUACUCUCCCACAAACUGGUGGCCAGCCCCUACCAGUGGGAGUACCUGUACCUUCUGAGCAUCAUUCCCACUGUACUCAGCUUCAUGGCACUGCCGAGGAACACCAUCGGCUACCUGGCUGUGUCCAUGAUCGGCACCGGGCUGUUCUGCGUAGCGCCCAUCAUCUACGGUGUCAUGGAGAUGUUCCCUGUGGCACAACAGCUGUAUCGGCACGGCAAAGCGUACCGCGUCAUCUUCGGCUUUUCCGCCGUCUCUGUCCUCUACCUGCUUAUAGUGGUGGCUGUGCAGGUGCACGCCUGGCAGAUCUACUACAGCAAGAAGCUCCUGAAUGCCUGGUUCACCAGCACACAGGACAAGAAGAAGAAAUGAAGCGAGUUACAAAAAUAGACAGACAAUUCCAUCAUAAUCAUCAUGUCCUUCAAGGAUGACCUGAAUAUUUUUUCCCCCUCUUCAAUGACUUGCAAUAAUGAAUGAGAGCUCAUGUCUGAACUUGAGAAAUGAAGCUCUUCGGUUCCUCCUCCACCAACCAGAUUCGGAUUUGUUUUGAGAUUUUAAUUAUGAUUUCCUGAAAAUAAAAGUGUUAAUUUGCAUCAUAACUCCACCCACAAACAUGAGCAUUUCUACUGUAACGUGAUCUCCUCAUGCAUUUCUUCGACUCGGGUACAAAACAAUAUAAAGUCCCCUAAAGCCGUGACUCGGAGAGGUCCAUGUCUGUCAUGUUCAUCCUGUUAGAAAUGGACCAGAAAUUUUUAUUUAAGAGCCAAAUAAAGUUGGGUUUUAAAAAGAA